GAGAGAGAGAGAGCGAAUUCGCGAGUUAUCGCAACGCGAGAGAGUACGGUCGAACGGCGGUGAAUAUAUAUUCCAUAUCGUACGACGUAUUGUUCGUUUCGCGGAAAUAUCCAGAGAAAUUCGAGGGACAUUCGGAACGCGCGGCUGUUGACGCGCUUGCUUGCUCGCUCGCUCGAACGCCCGCGAGAGAGGCUUCUCGUCAUCGGUCGUCGUCGUCGUCGUCGGUCGUCGUCGUCGUCGUCGUCGUCAUCCUCGUUCGUCAUCCUCGCGCCGUACCUGCGCCACGCACGAAUAGCACGCGCGACCUCGCGAUCACGCUCGUCGACUACGAUUUUCGUCGUCAGCUCCGAUUGGACAUCGGUCCCGUCGUUAUCCCGUCAGUGGCAUCAGAAUAUCUCUUUACGACUGCCACGGCAAAUGUGGAAGCUUAACGGUGUGUAAUGUGUUACGGCUGUCGUGCCCCCGCCGUCGCUGCCGCCACUGUGCAUCUUGUGCGUCCGCGGUAUUCGUCGCUUACCACCGGAUCCCAACGGGAUACCAUUACACGGCUGUGAAACGGUUCUCGUUUGCAAGGAUCUGAUUGUCAACCCGAUUGUGCGGUGCCCUCCAGAAGAAGAGCGAGAGAGAGAGAGAGAGAGAGAGAGAGAGAGAGAGAGAGAGAGCCGGAGAAGGAGGGAGAAAGACGAAUAGAUAGAGGGACGGAAAGCGAGAGGAAGAGAGAGAGAGAGAGAAAGAGAGGCCGCCCGCUGGUUGUCCGCUCCGUUGCUCCACACUUUCCUCCUACCCAAGUGGUAUCAAUGUUGUCUGGCAAUGGUGUGUAAGGAGAACGUGGUAUCAUGGUUUGGGAAUCUGUCCAGUUAUAAACGUAUCGAUGUAAUGUGCACAUUGCUGAACAUGUGCGUGCCAUUUGAGGUACGAUAUCUCGGUACGUGUAUCGAGGAUAUCGGCAAGCGGGACUACAAUGACCUACGUGAUGUGGAACACCAUGCAAACAGCGCCUCGGAGCUGGCCGAGUUGACUUCCAGCGUGACAGAUAAACGCACGCGAAGAAAACUGGCUCUCUACAUGGCACUGUUGCACUCGUGCAAUUACGCCUGUGCGGUGAUCUUGUACAAAAAUCUGUCGAAUUUUGACCAUCAGGAGAUCACCAAUCUGUUAAACGGGACCACCUUCAGCGUGGACGACCAACCCCUGGAAGAAUUGCUACUGCUGUAUACGAUGGCACUGAAUCAUCCGGCCUUCACAUACGAACAGAAAAGCGUAUUCGGCAACAUAUUCAUUAAGCUCCAGGAAGAAGAAGCUCGUCUGAAUCUUUCAAAGAUAAACUCUUCUUUCAAACCGACCCAAUUUAAAUUUAUGCAGGGCUGUACACCGUGCAUGAGUACAAGCGAAAGAUUAAUGGAGCCUGAGAUAUCGGGUAGCUGCUUAAUGCCACCACCACCAAUUCAAUCUUAUCACGGAGAAAUGGGGAUGAGGAAUAAUGCUAUAGUCACAGGAGUACCACCUGGUCUCACGAUACCUCCACCAGGUCUAUGUUUGCCUGGUCCAGAGCAAAUGCCUAUGGGAUCUGGCGGUACAACGCAGUACGUUCAACUCGGUUUUCCAUCCAUAAAUCAUAUGCCCCCUUGGCCAAGUCAGGUUAUGAUGGGAAACCAGCUGAUGUACCACACCAGCGACGUGUUGGCUUAUCCCGCUUCCCCCUUAGUCAGCCGCCAAUCCUCGCCAUCUCAGUCACGAUCUCCUAGUCGCAGUAAUUCGCCAAUGGGCCGUAGCAGGACAAGUGUUAACUCGCGUGCCUCAUCCUCGCAAUCUACCCAAUCCACCUCAACCAGUCUCACAUCGUCGAGCGUCUCAAAUAGCCAAACAAGCAGCUCCGUUUCGAACGCUACUAGUAACAGCAACAACUCCCUGCCGCCUUUACCAGCGCCCGGUGCAAGCAGAAGUCUUCCUAGUCAAUCGCCGUUACUCCCAUCAUCGCGGUCCGUUCUUUUAUCUAAUACGAGCUCGUCGGGUUUCUCUCGACAUAAUAUCGAUAACCCAUCGUCUACUCUAAUCUCGGCAACUCAAUCGAAACAACCUCCACCACCGCCACGACUUAGGUCAUCUAACUCUGGCGAUUCCCUUCGAGAGACUUUGAGUAAAGAGAUGCCGAAUUUUAAGAGCAAUCUGCAGAACUUCUCUCGCGAUGAGAUAAGAAGAAUGAGUGACGAAGACUUAAGGGACAUCGGCUUGACACCGAACGCAGUGGGACAGUUGAGGAGUAUAGUUAAAAGUCAAACCAGCAAUGGUUUAAAUCAGAUUUCAGCGGAUAAGAAGCUGGAUAGCGUAAGCAGUACCUCACAUUUGCUCGCCGAAUCGAUGGAGAACGAAGCAUCUGGCGUAGAGGUUUUGGGGGAUUCAAACAGUAAUACAAGCGGAAAAUCGAUGUCAUUACAAGAACAGCAUCCGGCGAUGCAUCAUUAUCACAAUCAUAUGAUUACUCCAAAUGUACGGCGCUAUCCUGGUAUGCCAUCGAUAGAUCCGGCGCAAAUACAAAUGUAUCCUGCACCACCAAUGUAUACAGCUCAGAAUUCACCAUGUUAUGCUUGUCUUACUGUACCAGUAGCUGGAAUGCAAAAUCGAUAUUCGAGGUGUAAUGCUCAGCAUGUGUAUUGCCUUGGACAACUGCAAGCAUUGCGACUCGACUCCGAGAGCAGCCGACACUGUUCCCAAAGCAGCAGUUCUGAUAGUACCGGUAGUAGAUCGCCCCCCGAGACGCCACCGGCUGCGCCGUGGGUCAGUAGCAACAGUGGCGUUGACAACAACGUUGCACCGCCUGCCACUGAUCACAUGACUUCCGCACCGGUGCAUUCCACGGCGACGGCUCCGCCACAUGUCGUGUCAGCACCCCAGCAGUCGUCAAUGCAAUCGUCGGUGCCACCGGAGAGCAGGCAACUUACCAGAAAGAAUUCGCAAACGCGCACGAUACGACAGAAGAGCCAGGGAAUAUUGAAUGGGGCCGGCAAUGGGAACGGUGGACCGCCGAGUCUGUCGCACUGCGUCUCUUUCCCGGCGCCACCGACACAUUCACAGCUCACGUAUCUACCGCACGGCCACUUCCCAACUACGUUACGUCCCAGUAGCGGUAUCUACUCCAACUUUUUGCAUGGGCCAUCCGCACGACCAGCUUAUCAACCAGCGUAUCAACCAAACGGCGAGAUUAUGUAUCCAUUCACGGGACAUCCCGCGUCUGGUAGCACUCCACCGCCGCCACCGCCACCAAACGCAGCUGCCGCGGCACCAGUACAAGCGUCGUACAUGCCACCUACGCCGGUGGUAACGUAUGCAGCGGCGGUAAUACCACAGACAAAGAUCUCUUGUUAUAACUGCGGCAGUAAUAGUCAUCUUGCGAUAGAUUGCAAGGAUCAGACGAUGGAAGAUAUUACGAAGAAAGCCCAAUACCGACUGGAUUACACGAUAAUGAAGCAGCCUGGGGAGUGUCCGAGUUCCGACAAGUGAUCCCCUGCCAUGGACCACUUUGCUACCACUCGUCACAAUUAUCACCGCCACUAUAACCGCAACUAUUGCCAUCAUCGUCAUCACCAAUAUCACCAUCGCUAUCAUCUUCAUCAUCACUGUUAUCGUCACUAUCACCAUCACCAUCACCAUUACCAGCACAUCUGUCAUUGUAAUCAUCAGUAUGCCAAUGUGAAUCGAUUUAAGGACAAGAUGUUGCGAGAUGACAACCGAUAUUGUUCCUCCUUUCACUUUUCGGUAAUUUUUCUAAAUAUCUUAUUCUAUAAUCGGAACGAUGGUGAUGACGAUAUUAAUGUGAAUACUGAUGUUGACGAUGACGGUGACAAUAACGUGGACACCAAGUACGAUAAUGACAGCGACGAAAUUUUUCUAACUGAAAACAUUUCGCGGUUUAUGGUACGGGGUACACCUUUUGCAAGUUUUUAUGUAUGAUAGUGAUUGAAAAGUGAUCUAACCAAAUGUAAUAUAUAACGUAGUAGUAUUGUACAAAGAAAGAGCAAAAGCGAAGCGAGAAACAAUUGAAAGACCGCGUUGUACAGAACACAAUUUCUUGUCUGUGUUUCUUUUAUUGUAGAACACGUUUUGAGAGAUUUUGGAUUUGAAUAGUGACUCAUGUCCUUUCAGCGACACUUAUUGGCUACUUAUCGCUGUAACUCCCAUCUCGGCAGUGCUCCUAUUUUUCCUCCUAUACCCUAAAUUCUCUUAACGAGUAGCUAUAAGAGAAACGCAAAUGAAAAGGAUAAAGAAUAUAUUAUGCCCCAAAUAAGAAAGGAAGCGAAAAUUAUACGAGAUUCGAAUAUAUUUAGCAAGCGAUACUUUAACUUCUAAUCUACCAUGUCUAUACGCUAUUACUAUUAUUAUUAAACUAUAAUUAUUACUUCUGCUAUCGCCGUUGCGCCACGACGUGUUUUUAUGUAUAUAUAUUUUUCUCGAUUCUUACGCGCGCAAUGAACCGAUAAUGACAUGUGACAAAGAAAAAAGCGUGUAAUAUAUAUAUACGAAAUGGUAUACAGUACGCAUGUGUGCGAUGUGUGCGUGUGCAUGUGUUUAUGUAUGUGUGUACGCGCAAAAAAAGAUAGAAUGUAAGAGGCAGAAACAAAAAACGAUAGAAAAAAAAGAGGAAGAAAGCGAGAGAGGAAGAAAAAUGGAAAAAAUAGUGAAGGAACAACAUACCAAAAGUGUUCGAUCAUCUAGCUGCCGUUGCGCUCCUAUGUGUGUUUGUUUCGUUUACAUAUGCGUGCGUGCCUACAUAUGUGAGUACGCGCGCGCAUGUAUGUGUGUGUGUUUAUGGUAAAAUCAUGAAAUAUAUGUUAUAUACAUCCUAUAUAUAAUAUAUAUUUCGUAAUUAUACAUAUGUUUUUGCUGCUCACAACUUGUUUCUUAUCUUAUACUUGUAGUUAGACGGCGAUCCUCAUAUUAUUUAUACACGAGUAGUCAUGCGAUUGCACGUGCAUUUGAAACGAUUUUAUACGACUUUUAUCGAUUGCCCAUGUAUUUGAGCGUAAUCAACGUUAAGCUUUUUUACGCGUUUAGUUGCAGCAAUUAAUGUGUUAAGCGUGGUUAACUAAAUCCUCUGUAUUUGUCUGCAUUGUGGAACUAUUAUUUAAAAUAGAAGAAUUGCAUUGUUUCUAAAAAUUACAAAUUUUUAAGAAGCGUAUUUUCAUUGACGUAGGUUUGAGAAUAUUUUUUAAAUUGACUCAGUAAAAUAUAUAAGUAUGAUGUAUUUUACUUAAAGUUUUGUCAAUUUUUCCACCUUCUUGUUUAGAAUAUCGCCCAUAUCAUUUCUUUAGCUUUAAGCUAUCCAACAUAGUAUGUCUACAUAUUUUACGACACAAGUUUUUAAAUACAUUUUUUAAAUUUAUAUAGUUAAUUUAUUAUGCAAAUGUAAGUCUUGUUUAAUAUGUCGAAAAAACGAAAUGGAUUAGUUAACCAUAGCUGUAACACUGUUGAUGCAAUGGACUCUUAGGGAGCAACGCAGGGUAAAGCUGAAUAUGAGUCGAGUGGCAGCCCGCUAGCAAUAUUGCUAGUGCAUUUAAAACAAUCAUUCGAAUUUUCAUCAGCGAAUGCAAAACAGCUCGAACCCUUUGUACAUGGACGAACUUUUAUGGUUGAAUCUUAAAGACGAAGACUUUUCUCUUCACAGAAUCAUAUAUUUUCUUGUACGAACGGUCGCAAUACGCAAAAGUGAUUUUUGAUUAAAAAA